GUACAAUGGCUGCCUCCCUAAUGGUGACCGGGGUCGUAGGAAAAGCAGAUUUGCGCUUUAUAAAAGACCUAAAGCAAACGGUGUCAAACCUAGCACUGUUCAUGUGAUUUCAACACCUCAAGCAUCUAAGGCCAUCAGUUGUAAGGGCCAACACAGUAUCUCCUACACGCUGUCACGAAAUCAGACGGUUGUAGUAGAAUAUACACAUGAUAAAGAUACUGAUAUGUUUCAGGUUGGCAGAUCAACAGAGAGCCCCAUAGAUUUUGUUGUAACAGAUACGAUUUCCGGCAGCCAGAACAGUGAUGAAACUCAGAUCACCCAGAGUACUAUUUCCAGGUUUGCAUGCCGCAUUGUCUGUGAUAGGAAUGCACCGUAUACAGCCAGAAUCUUUGCUGCAGGAUUUGACUCUUCCAAAAACAUAUUCCUUGGGGAAAAAGCAGCAAAAUGGAAGAAUCCUGAUGGGCACAUGGAUGGAUUAACAACUAAUGGCGUUCUAGUCAUGCAUCCUAAAGGGGGGUUCACUGAAGAAUCUAAACCUGGUGUUUGGAGAGAAAUUUCAGUCUGCGGUGAUGUAUAUACCCUACGGGAAACAAGAUCUGCUCAACAAAGAGGCAAGCUAGUGGAAAAUGAAACCAACAUCCUACAAGAUGGUUCUCUCAUUGAUCUGUGUGGGGCCACACUCUUGUGGAGAACAGCAGAUGGCUUAUUUCACACACCAACUCAGAAACACAUUGAGGCUCUUCGGCAGGAAAUCAAUGCUGCAAGGCCCCAGUGCCCUGUGGGGCUGAAUACACUGGCUUUUCCUAGCAUCAACCGUAAAGAAGUGGUAGAAGAAAAACAACCAUGGGCUUACCUCACCUGUGGCCAUGUCCAUGGUUAUCAUAACUGGGGACACCGCAGUGAUACAGAAGCCAAUGAGCGUGAGUGUCCCAUGUGCAGAACUGUUGGUCCAUAUGUUCCUCUUUGGCUUGGGUGUGAGGCAGGCUUUUAUGUUGAUGCUGGUCCGCCAACUUAUGCUUUCACCCCUUGUGGGCAUGUAUGCUCAGAAAAAUCUGCCAAAUACUGGUCUCAGAUCCCAUUGCCACAUGGUACUCACGCAUUCCACGCUGCCUGCCCUUUCUGUGCUACCCAGCUGUCUGGAGAUCAGAACUGCAUCAAACUUAUUUUUCAGGGUCCAAUUGACUGAUGAUGCCAUUUUACAGAUGACCAUUAUACAACUCACUUUGUUAACAAUUUACUGUGAAGAUGAAGAAUUGCCACUAACUCUAGAUUUUACCUUUUUAAAAAAUAAGAUUGUUAUUAAUGAGGGCUUUGGGGUGGGAUUAGCAACUGGGAUGUGAAGGUAUUUUGAUACCUGGAACCAAACAGUUAUCAGUGGCAUUGCAUGCUGAACAGCAGCAUGUUCAUGAUGACAUCUUUUUUGGUUAAGCUGUAGUAUAUUUGUAAGAUUUGUAAGAUUAGAAGAAAAAUACCAGUGUCUUAAUGAUUUUUUUAAUAUUGGAUUUUUUGACAGAAAUGUUUUCUUCUACACUUUGAAUGACAAGCCUUUAAAACACAUAUUUUUUCAAUCUAAAAGAAGCAUACAGAAUGUAAUUUGUCCUCUCUUUUUAAUUUGCAAUAUAGUUAACUUGAAUAAUUCAUUCUCAAAGAGGAUGUAUCAAAUGUUUGGGUAAACCUAGGUGAAUGUUCACUUAAUACAUGGAUUGAACAUAGAGUGAACUCAAAAGGUUGGCUUUAUGAACAUAGCACAAAAAUAUUAUGAAAUUCUGCAGUGUGGUCUAAUACAGCUGUCCAGAUGACACAGUUACUUGAAAGUUGGGGAUCUCUGUACAUGACUUUCUGUGUUUUUUCUUUUCUUUUCUUUUCUUUUCUUUUCUUUUCUUUUCUUUUCUUUUCUUUUCUUUUCUUUUCUUUUCUUUUCUUUUCUUUUCUUUUCUUUACUAUAAAGGUUCCCAUGUUAAACAAUGCUUAUAAAACAUAAUAUGGGAAGUUUGAGAUGCAGGUUAUUUGCUCCAACAUAGGUUUAAGACAGUGUGUGCAAAACUAUCAUUUCUUUGUUUACUUCUGACUUUUCUGAGUCAACUCAAUUAUCUAGCAGGAACUAUGCUACCAUUCUGCCCUGUAUUUUGCUAAAUUAACUCAGCAUAGGAUUGUCCUGUAAGGACUAGCAUUAGGCCAAUUUAUCAGAGUAGCACAAGAACCAUUCUUUUUCCCAUAGUAUCUGCCAUGUGCUAAUGCCAUGUGCUAAUAGUCUUUCAUGCAUGUUCUUCCUAGCUAGGUUGGCCCUGCUUAGGUGUCAUUCUUUUAAGGUGUUCUUGCAGCACCAUGGGCUGAAGCAAUGAAAAAGUGGUUCUUUCACCAGUGUAGUGAUGCUAAAUGUAUCUCAUUUAAAUUCAGUGGUAGUAAGUCACAAUGUAUGACAAGUCUUUUUUCAGUUUUGCAUCUGGUGUCAUUUGUAUUUUUUAUGCAUAUCCAGUUACUCGUACCAUCUUAACAGUUUUUAUCUCUUUCUAAUUCUGCCUUUUGGCUUUACUUGUAUUAACUUGCCCUUGCAUGCCUGGGACCUGUGAGCAAAUGGAAAUGUAGCAACUUGUUAUUAAUCCAGUUUUUCAGUAGCUGCACUUUCUACAGUAGUGAGAAGGUUUUGGAUUGUUUUUUGUAGAACAUACACAAACUGCCCUUGAUCUCAUAGUCAGUUUGAUGCCCUUUUCAGUCUUAACCAUCUGCAGAAGAAUUCCUAAUGAUUCACAUGUUUAAGUACUUGGUAAUUAUUUUGAAAUAAUUAUUAAAAAUAAGUGGUUUUGUA